CAUGGAGGUUUAAGAAACCAGAGUUAAUGUUGGCUAGUUUUUUAUUGCCGGCUAAUUUUAUUUCGUCGAUUAUCUGUGGACUUUUAAAUUGGAAACUAUGACAUCGAAGGAGAGAGAUGCGUCCAAAUAUGAAUUGUUACGUUUGAUAUAUCUGUAUUUGAAGGAGAACGGUCACCAGAGAGCCGCUAACGUGCUCAAAAAACAUGUUACACAGACAGAAGUGGGACCGGUCACUACGUCACUACUUGACAUCUACAAAAGCUGGGUAAACGCGCCGGAGAACGCGAAGAAGAGGAAGGCGGAGCCGGUAGUUAAUCAGAGCCUUGCAAAGAAGUCCCGUCAAGCGGACCCCUCGAGCAGUUCGGAGAGCUCCGAGGAUGAUGAUGAAGAUGAUGAUGCGAAGACGCCCGCAAUGGGACCCCGGACCCCUAAGGCAGCUGCAUCGGUGAACCGCAGCCAGAAUGGAGCUACACCUAAGGCCCCAGCUGUGCGUAAGAAGGCAGAGAGCUCAGAGAGUGAGAGCGCUGAUGAUUCGGACAGCGAGGAGGCACCACAGCAGCAGAAAAGCCUGGGGAAACCUAAAGUCAACUCUGUGCCAGCCACUCCAGUCAAGCCCACGGGAGCUGUAGCCAAGCCUGGAACGACACAGAGCUCGGACAGUGACAGUGAUUUGGACAGCGAGAACGAGAUUCCACCUACACAGGAGGCAGUCUCAACAUUGAAAGGUAAGCUUGGAAAAGUGACGAAGCAGGUUGUGGCAGAAACUCCCAAACAGAAAGCUGUGACUACUGCAACCCCUGCAAAGCUGCUGGAUGGUGCAACGCCUAACCAGGCCAAAGCCACGCCCAAAGCCACGCCCAAGUCCACAGUACCGGCUGAGGAAGAGGAGAGUGAGAGCACAGACUUGUCAGAUAGUGAGGAAGAGGCUCCAGCUAAACCAUCUCCAGCCAAGGCAGCCCCUGCAACCCCAGCUAAGCCCAGCCAGCCCACCCCCAGCCAGGCUAAAGCUGCAGGGAAGAAGGCAGAGAGCUCAGAGACUGAGAGCAGUGAUGAGUCAGAGAGUGAAGAGGAGGCCCCAGCACAGAAGCCAGCAGCAGUCAGUCCAGCAAAAGCUGGAGCUGUGAAGACUCCUGUCCAGGCCAAAGCCACGCCCAAAGCCACGCCCAAACCCACAGCACCGGCUGAGGAAGAGGAGAGUGAGAGCACAGACUUGUCAGAUAGUGAGGAAGAGGCUCCAGCAAAACCAUCUCCAGCCAAGGCAGCCCCUGCAACCCCAGCUAAGCCCAGCCAGCCCACCCCCAGCCAGGCUAAAGCUGCAGGGAAGAAGGCAGAGAGCUCAGAGACUGAGAGCAGUGAUGAGUCAGAGAGUGAAGAGGAGACCCCAGCACAGGCAGUGGCGGUCACUCCUGUAAAAGGAGCCGCUGUGAAGACACCUAUCCAGGCGAAGGCCACACCCAAGGCCACGCCCAAACCCACAGUACCGGCUGAGGAAGAGGCGAGUGAGAGCACAGAUUCGUCAGAUAGUGAGGAAGAGGCUCCAGCAAAACCAUCUCCAGCCAAGGCAGCCCCUGCAACCCCAGCUAAGCCCAGCCAGCCCACCCCCAGCCAGGCUAAAGCUGCAGGGAAGAAGGCAGAGAGCUCAGAGACUGAGAGCAGUGAUGAGUCAGAGAGUGAAGAGGAGGCCCCAGCACAGAAGGCAGUGGCGGUCACUCCAGCAAAAGCAGCACCUGUGAGGACCCCUGUCAAGGCCAACACUACACCCAAAGCCACGCCCAAAGCCACACCCAAACCCACAGCACCGGCUGAGGAAGAGGAGACUGAGAGCAGUGAUGAGUCAGAGAGUGAAGAAGAGGCCCCAGCACAGAAGGCAGUGGCGGUCACUCCAGCAAAAGCAGCACCUGUAAGGACCCCUGUCAAGGCCAACACUACACCCAAAGCCACGCCCAAAGCCACACCCAAACCCACAGCACCGGCUGAGGAAGAGGAGAGUGAGAGCACAGAUUCGUCAGAUAGUGAGGAAGAGGCCCCAGCAAAACCAUCUCCAGCCAAGGCAGCCCCUGCAACCCCAGCUAAGCCCAGCCAACCCACCCCCAGCCAGGCUAAAGCUGCAGGGAAGAAGGCAGAGAGCUCAGAGACUGAGAGCAGUGAUGAGUCAGAGAGUGAAGAGGAGACCCCAGCACAGAAGGCAGUGGCGGUCACUCCAGCAAAAGCAGCACCUGUAAGGACCCCUGUCAAGGCCAACACUACACCCAAAGCCACGCCCAAACCCACACCCAAACCCACAGCACCGGCUGAGGAAGAGGAGAGUGAGAGCACAGAUUUGUCAGAUAGUGAGGAAGAGGUUCCAGCAAAACCAUCUCCAGCCAAGGCACCCCCUGCAACCCCAGCUAAGCCCAGCCAGCCCACCCCCAGCCAGGCUAAAGCUGCAGGGAAGAAGGCAGAGAGCUCAGAGACUGAGAGCAGUGAUGAGUCAGAGAGUGAAGAGGAGGCCCCAGCACAGGCAAUAGCAGUCACUCCAGCAAAAUCAGGUGCUGUGAAGACCCCUGUCCAGGCCAAAGCCACACCCAAGUCCACAGCACCGGCUGAAGAAGUGGAGAGUGAGGGCACAGACUCAUCAGAUAGUGAGGAAGUGGCUCCAGCAAAACCAUCUCCAGCCAAGGCAGCCCCUGCAACCCCAGCUAAGCCCAGCCAGCCCACCCCCAGCCAGGCUAAAGCUGCAGGGAAGAAGGCAGAGAGCUCAGAGACUGAGAGCAGUGAUGAGUCAGAGAGUGAAGAGGAGGCAGAGGCCCCAGCACAGAAGGCUGUGGUGACUUCCAAGCCCAAGGCACUGCCAGUCACAGCUAAGCCCACAGCCAAGGCUAAGACCCCUAAACCUGCAAUUGAGAAAGACAGCGGCAGCGGCAGCGGCAGCGGCAGCGGCAGCACCAGCACCAUGGACUCGUCUGACAGUGAAGAGGAGUCUCCAGCUGUUACAGCACCCCCUAGUGGGGCGACCUUGACCACAACGGCUCUCCCUACCAUUGUACCAGAGACCUCAGAGGACAGCAGCUCAAGCGAAGAAGAAUUAUCCCAGUCUCUUUUAUCCCCAAAGGCCCCUGUGUCAAGGCCCACACAAAAGAGUAAGAAGACCACAGCAGAGAAGAAAGGGGGUAAGAAGAAAGACUCAAAGGGAACGAAUGUCACUCCCACGACCCCACCUGCUCCGGAGAGGGUGAAGAAGAGCACCCUGACCACCCCUGCUCAGAGGGAAUCCAGCUCAGACUCGGACAGCACUGAUAUUGGUCUGGAUGACCCAAAACAGGCUCUGAAAGCUGCUGUGGCCACACCCAAAGGAAAGGAGAUGUCUGACAGUGACAGCAGCUCUGACCCACUGGAGAACUCAGAGACUCUACUGGCAAAGUUGUCCACCCCGGUGAAGACCCCUCCUGUCAAAACCCCGCCCCCAUCAGCGAAGAGGAAGCGGACCAAAGAGAAAUCGGAUGCCACACCUGCAAAGAGCAAGAAGCAAAAAACAGUUCCUACAAAGCCAGAUCCGAAGGCUAAAAAAGAGCUACCAGUGCAGCCACUUGCCACUCCACCAGGGGGGGACUCUGAGUCAGACUCUGAUAGCAGCCUGGAUGUGGAGAAAUGGAGGCAGCUAGCUUUGAGACUCUCAGAUGCUGACAUUGCAAAGAUGGAAGAGAUUGACGCUGCGAGUGCUAGCUACAGCACCCUCACCCUGUCGGACAAGUCCCUAAAGAAGAGGGAAAAGACAAAGACCGAGACCAAGACGAAGAAGGAGAAGGCUGUGGGGAACGGGAGAGCCAAGACCACGCCUAAAAAAAGGAAAACAACAGCCAGUAGGACUAAAAAGGCCACACCCACUGCAUCAGUCCAGCAGCUACUCUCUAUCACGGACAACCAGUCAGGAUCCUCAUGUGAGAGUGAGGCUGAGGAUACCCACAUUACAACUGCCGUGAAAGCCAAAUCAGGCAAGAGGCCACGCCCAUCCCUCACAACCCCCAACCAGGACAGCAAACAGUCCUCCAAGAAGAAAAAAAAGUCAGACGCAGGGACCACAAAAACGACAAACUCUGACCAGAAGACAUGCCCAAACAUUAAAAAGAAAGAGCUGAAGGACAAGGAGAAGAAGAAAGAGAAAGAGAAAAAGGAAAAGAAGAAGAAGACAAAAAAGAAAGAGAAAGAUGUGGCUGCCGAGACAUUCGCCUCAGUCCCCUCAAAGCUGAGCCUCUCUCCAGAGGAAAAGAAAAAAAAAAACAAAUUGAAAAAGGAGAAAAAGAUCAAGGUGACCUCUCCCAAGGCUUCCCUUGGUCUUGCUUCAGAAAACCCUUCAUCAGUGAUUAUUCCAGCCCUUGCAGAAGCCACCCCUAAGAAGAAGCACAAGUCCUCCAAGAGCAAAUAAUCUGUUGAUACACAGGGAGUGCUCUUACCUGUAGAGCCGUUGGCAGAUGAGUUACAAGACAGAGAGGCAGCCCGGUUCCCACCAGUUUUGGGAGUUUCCUCAAAGAAAAUGGAAAGCUUCUUUUUUUAACAUAAUUAACAGUUCGGUGUCAGCUGUAUGGUCUACUGAUGAAGAUUAUAUUUUUGUUUAUUUGUGAGUUUUUACUUUUUUAACCAUGGACAUUGAUGAUAAUACAUAGAGAAUGAAUGUCAGUCUGGUGUACUCCAGGUACAUGUUAUGUCUAUGCUUGUGUUUCAUUUUAAUGUUUUUACUGCUCCAGUGUCGAGUCAUAGCAGGAAAGAAAGCUUCAGAGAACUUCAGAGAAGCCUUUCUUUCACACCAAUGCUGGUUUCAUAUUUGUCACUUUCUCUGCAGCCAUUGAAAGUCAGUUAAUUAUUUUACAAAGUUUGUGCAUCUGGUAGUUUAACCUUUUCCUCAAACGUUCCAUUGCACCCUCCAUUCAACCCGGUGAAGUCCCUCCCUUCAACUCACGAACUUCUCCGAACACCAGAGGAGUAUGCAGCGUUUGAAGACAAAAAACAAUUUUGCAAAUGCAAGGAGGAUAUACUGACAGUGGAGACAUUUGCUUAGUGUAAUGGGGUCAGGGAAAUGUUUGAGUUUCAAGUUUACAAAUGACAUUUCUG